GUGGAGGAUAGCACAGCAGCUUUGGCGCUCGAAGAUUCCAAGAACAGCGGCAUCUAGAAUGGUAGUAUGUGGAUGAUCCCGAUCGACCUUGACCCCUAGCACCAGACUGCUACGCAAGGGAAAUGGAUUCGAAGACCAAGCGUUCCUUAGAGCUACUCUGGAUAACAAAGGGACUUCGCAGGCCGGAGUGAGCAACAUGGACCUGCUCAGAUCGGACCGCUUGUUGCAACGGAAGUAUUUAUUGCAAAUACUAGAAUCGUUUCUCAGUCGAUUGAACAAACCAUCCCGACACAACUUUAGACCCCGCAUUGUCUUCUUCACCGCCAACAUGGGGAAGUUUCUAGUCGAGCCUUUCACUGUCCCUGACCGAGAGCCGGCUUGGAGACGAAGGGCUCGGUCUCCUCUGUUGCCUAUUCUUGUCAUCUUAGCAGUAAUUAUAACUUGGUAAAGUCCUUUAGGCACGAAGUUUGACGGCAAGACCGUUGAUCAUCCUUUGGACCGUCAGUCCGAAAUCGUCCCUUCGACGGCGAGACAGGCGUUCUACAAUCCGACUCCGACUCAGGAAGAAGAACACAAUGCUUUUUAGGUUCUUAUUACGACCCAACAUACAUAAGAAGGCCAGUGGGCCCGCCCCGCAGGCCUACGGCGGCUAUCUACUAAAUAUAUAUAGAGAACCCGGGAACUUAGGUAACUCCUUACGGAACGGAAGAACUAUAGACAAGUUACGUAAUAAUAAGGAGGUAAGUAUACGAUAACGUACAUGAUAAGCGAGUGGGCCAGACAAGCGAGUGGGCCACCCAACCACGACCAC